CUGGGGCCGCGCCGAGCUCGAGGCGCGCCGGGCCGGCCGACUUGAGUUUCUAGUCGAGUGCAGUGGCUGAGUUUUAUUGAUUGCCGGGGUCCGUUGCGUAGUAGUACACCGGUACUCAGUACCAGCGCAGCCGGGAGCUUGGAAAAAACUUCUGAAGACGCCAGGACGAGGCGGUGCUGUUACCGGAGUCCCCAAAAUGGCGCGGAUUUUUAUUAAAACGUCGGCCAUCUCAUUAUUUUACUCGCUUACAUUACUGGUAGGAACGCUGGCAGUACCGAGGCGGUCGUGCUCAAGACUCCCAGGGGACUUUUCGGUGCCCAAACGACCCGGAGACAACGGGUAUCGAAUCAGAAUAGCGGGCCAUCCGUCCUUCUACGUGCCAGGGCAGGAAUAUCUGGUGACACUGAGUAGCACCCCGCCUGUGUCCUUCCGUGAGUUCACCUUUGCGUGCUUGCUGGUUUCCGACGACAUCACGCCCUCUGGACGUUUUGAGAUCAUUGAUGGUCGGCUUUCUCAGUUUUCUCCGGACACCAUCAACUGUCCUCAGCUGCUAGUCCAUACAUCCAAAGCUUCCAAGACGACAGUAACGUUCAGAUGGAUUGCCCCACCAGCUGGGACGGGCUGUGUUGCCUUCAAGGCUGCAGCUGUGCAGAAGAAGCAGAUAUGGUACAAAGACGAGCAGGGCCUGACACUUUGGCUCUGUGAAGAAGACAUUGGAGCAUCAGUUGCACCGCAGAUUAGCACGGGCGAGAGGGAUUCUAACACUGAGUGCUGUGCUUGCCACACAGCCAAGUACACGGUCACCAUGCGUGGGCUGUGGUCGCAGGAAACUCACCCGAAGGACUUCCCCGGAGGGCAUGGCGAUCAUUGGUCUGAUCUGAUUGGUGCAUCCCACACAAAGGACUACACCAUUUGGAAGCAAGGGGGUUAUGCAUCUCUUGGUGUGCAGAGAGUUGCAGAGUGGGGAUCAACAACGACGCUGGAGAGAGAAAUCUUAGCACAGACAAGAAACAUCAAAACAGUGAUCCGCAGUCGUGGCCUAUGGCCCGCCCGCGGCAACAUGUCGGCCGUCUUCAGCGUCAACCGUACCCACAAUCUGGUGUCAGCGCUGUCCAUGAUUGGCCCCAGCCCGGACUGGUUUGUUGGGGUGUCGUGGGUCAACCUCUGCACCCAGGACUGUGACUGGCUGCAGCACCAGGAGAUCGACCUGCUGCCCUGGGACGCGGGGACAGACAGCGGGAUAACGUUUAGGUCAGACAACGCGCCCACCAUCCCCACGGAACCCAUCCACCCCAUCACCAGCUCCUACCCUUCCAACCCGCUGGGUGCCUUCUAUGAUCCCUCAGGUAGCCCCAUCCCACCCUUGGCCAAGAUGGUGUUUGAGAGGACGGACAACACACAGUACGAUGACCUCGGGGAAGUGGUCUGUGAGGUGGACGUAGCAAGUCCUGAUACAACCCAUCAAGGUGGGUUAGGAAUGCCCCCCAAAGAAGGCAUGAUGCCACCCAAAGAGGGUAUGAUGCCCCCAAAAGAGGGAAUGAUGCCCCCUAAAGAAGGGAUGUCGUCCCCAAAUGGGGGAACAAUGCCCCCCAAAUCUGGCAUGAUGAACAAAGGGGGCGGGGAAGGCAACAGGACAACACCCAUGAUGAAGAAACCAGCACCAGAGGAAAUCGCAACCAUGCCUCCCAAAGUCAUGCCUAAUCCAGGGAAUGAAGAUCCUGUUACGAUGCCACCCAAAGGAAGGCGGCGACAGCCCAUCGACUGCAUGAUGUCAUCAUGGAGCGAGUGGACUGAAUGCUCGCGGUCCUGCGGCAAAGGAACCAUGAAGCGGCAGCGCAUGGUCAAGCAGAAAGCCCGUCACGGUGGUCGGGCCUGCGGCAAGCAGAAAGAAAAGAAAAACUGCAAUGCCGGGCCAUGCCCCCGCGACUGCAUGAUGACCGACUGGGGAGAUUGGACACCCUGCAGCGUUACCUGCGGAGGAGAUGGCACCCAGACAAGGAUGAGAAAGAUCAAGAAGAAGGCGCGUGGCAACGGCCAGGCAUGCGGGCCCCGAAGGGAAGAAAGGGUGUGCGGCACGGCCACUGAAUGCUAAGAUCAGGGGAGAAGAUCGCCGUAUGAAGAAGAGAGGGGACUGGACAUUGGAGUACCUUUUUUUUUUUUUUUUAAAUCAACGCAUAAAUUUAAAGUUGAUGACGUAGCUCGGAGAGCCUUUGACAGAAGCCAAACAGUGGCAGCAUGUAGUGUACAUAAUCUAGUUCCCUUUUUGUUGUUGAUGGUUUUGAUGAAUACAGUGUGUACAAGUGGUCAUCUGCUUUACUGGCACUGUACUUUUUUUAUUUACUGUAGAUUCCAGGCAUUUAUAUACAUGUGGUAUGCAUAUCAUUGGACGUGGAAGUAAUACGAAAAUGCUUGUUUGGUUUAAUCUAGUGUUGGUUGCCUAAAAUGUUUGGUGACAUUAAUUACUUUAUUGGGGGGAGGGGGGAUUCGGUCAGUUGGAGAUAGGGCCAGUGACAAAAAGGGACCAUGGGAUAGGAACACGAGUGGAAAUCUGCUGGUAACUGUGCUUUAUACAUAGGAUCGUAUCAUCUCACGUUUGUGAAGAAAAAUUUUUUUAAAAGGAAAUCUCCAGUGAGCUAAAAAUGUUGGUUAUGCCAUGGAAAUACCAGUCCCCUCUGUCUAGUGACAAAAUUGGGCACAGUGCACCUAAAAAUAAGGUUCCUUUUCCUGUUCAGCAGUCCAGUCGAGCAGAAAAUGGGCAAGGGUCACGGCAGAUCACAGACGGUUGUGUUGGAUGUUACUUAAAGGAGACUUAAUGUGCGCAAGCUGUUGCAUGUAACUUCAAGAUUCUCACCUACGAGAUGUCGCAGUGGAUAGAUACAGCAAUCCCCUGUGGUUGCCUCUUCCCAUCUGUCCUUGAAUUAAUUCAUGUUGUGUGUGUUUGUGUGGGGGAUAUUCACCCUGCAGCCAGACGAAGAAGCCAGACGAGACCAACAAUGCCUUAUAUGUAAUUUGAUAGUUGUUUAUGGGGGUCUCUGAUCCUAUCCGAGUUCAAUGCUUCACUCUACAGAAACAAUUUGUUGUCAGUAUUCAGCAUCCUGUAUACUGAUUGCCGGAAAGAUUUACAAUGUGUAUUUACCAGCAUCUGACAAAAUCCAGCGUUGCCCCAGCCUUCUUCUUGCCAUCAAGACACGCCAGACGAGUCGUGUCAGUGAUUCCCAUCCGUAGGUCACAAUGUAUCAAAGUCUCUGUGCCCAAAAUAUUUGGCUGUAAAAUCAGGAUGGUUUUCAUGUACAUAAACUGUGAAAUGCCUUCAAGCGUUAAGUUACAUGAUUAUAAGAGAGUUUGUAGUUUGAUCAGUGAAAAUUAAUAAUUUUAGGUACAUUUGAAACUGUUCAUAUGAGGGCCUGUAACCACAUGCGCUAUGUAAACCCCAUUGGGUGUCGUCUUUCCACAUUACUUUGCUAACACUGGCGCUUUCUGAAAGUGCAGUGGAAACUGUCAGGAUUUAUACCUAGACGUAUAGCAGUGUACAUGUAUCGAUUCUCGGAGGUUUACAUGUAUUCCGCAUUGGGUGAAAUGUAGGUCUUGUGGAGCGUGUGUGCUUUACACUGUUCAUUGUCAUGAAUAUUGGGUGGGGGGGGUGUGUCCUCAUGAGAGCAUUGGUUAAUGAUUUGUGUAGAGUGUUUACACGAUAUACUGCACAUGUAUUGUAGCAUAUUAUGCAGUACUUUCCCGGCAGUUCCCUACUCUGCUUCACAGGUCAACAAAGUACAGUAAAGUACACAAUACACUACCAUCAAUGAGUCUGAAAAA